AUGAAGUUAUUAAAGGCUAUUACUGUAUUGACUACAGCCCUAGGUUGUGCUUCCGCCUUCAUAAUUAAGGAUGCUAAGAUUUCUUUCAAAGAUGAAACUAGAGAAGCCAUUGAACUUGGUCAAUUAGAUGAAACUUUUAUUAAAGGUGAAUAUCAACCAUUAUUAAUUAAAGAAAUUGAUGAAGUUGUUAGUUUCAAAUUUAAAUUAGAUUUAUCCAAAUCUAAAUCAAAGGAAAUUCCACAACAAUUAUCUUUAUUAGUUGGUAUUGCUGAUAAAGAUUUAGAAGUUCCAAUUGUCGCUAAAGUUAAGGAUUCUUCAAAGAAUAACAAAGUAAAACUUGUUAGUUUCAAAGUUGAUUUACAAACUUUACCAAAAUCUGUACUACAUUACGCUUUGGCCAAUGACGAUGUACCAAUUACUGCUUCUUUAAUCGUUGCUAACGAUAAGAAACAAUUAGCUAGAAAGGAAACUAAUUUGUAUUUCCCUGUCUUCCAUUUACAAUUUACUGAUCUUGCCAAGAAGACUAUUGUUGACACCUUUGAAGAACCUUUAAGAUAUGGUAAACAAGAAGAAUUAGCUCAUACUUUCCCACAACCACCAACCACAGCCGAUCCAACUUUAUCUCUAUUGUUUGCCGGUGCUGUAGUAAUGGUUAACAUGUUCCUAUAUAUGUAUUGGAUUAAUUUCAGUGCUAUUUCUUUUGAAAAUUUCCCAUCUGGUAAAGAUUUCAUCCCAUUCCUUGGAUUUUUCGGUUCCAUUAUUAGUUGUGAAAUUGUUUUCGCUCUAUAUUACUUCGGUACAGGAAUCUUUGAAACUGUUAAUUGUUUAGCUAUUGUUGCUCCAGUAGGAUUAAUAUUAGGUUCUAAAUUCUUAAGAAACUAUACUCAAAAGAUUUAA